GGGAAGGGAAGGAAGUGAAGGCAAGUCAAGUUAAAAAGAGUUGUCUUUAGCGGUGGCGAGUACGGUGACCCAACCCAAGUCCAACACCCCACCCGCCCGGAUCAAAUCUUCAAAUCCCCCGCUUUCACUGUCAAUUUGAGAGUCCUCUCUCUCAACCAUCUUCGCAGUUCGCACCUCACUCCUCCUCACCACACCAUCCAUGGAGGGACCAAAGGCAGCUCAACCCCAACCUCCUCAACCUCUCUCCUUUAAUUCCAACAAGAGACCCCUCUCCACUCACUCUCUUCCACACAAUUCCAAACGCCUCAAACUUCGUCUUCUUCUCAAUAGUCUUCGUCCUCAUUUUAUUGAGGUUAUUAGCACCCCGGAUUUUCGGAAUUGCAGGGCGGCUGAUGAAAUCCAAGAACAGCUGAAGCAAGUGGUAGAGCUAUUCAAACAGGUGAUAUCAGAAGCAAAUUCCUCUUGGAAAAAGAAUGGUCAAAAUCAGCAAGAGAAGCCUCAAAAUGUCUCUUCAGACCAACAAGAGAAGGCACAACCUGAAUCCGGUGAGAUUAAAGGGACAUACGUUGUUGGAGGAUCAGCUUUUGGAUGGAAUUUCAUCACCUUUACCAGCACAGAUCCAGUGUAUUAUGGCAUGACCAAGGAAUCAUUCCGUGCAGCUAAAUUAAUUACUCCCUAAACCAGUUUGGGACUCUGCCGCUAGGAUUGCUGAUUCUUAUUCUAGGCCUUCAGUUUAGUGUCUACUCCACCAAACGUAACACCUCAUUUUGAAGAGCAGAAGAUCCAACUUAAUCGGUUCAAUGCUAUUAAGAUAUUAACAUCAGUACUUAAAUUCCCGUCCCUAACCCGAAGUUCAGAAUUUUAGGUGUAGAACUAUAGAAAUGUUAAAUGAUUACAGGUUUGAUAUUUAUAGCUGGAUGUUUUAUGAAAAGGGAUUGGUAAGCUUUUGUGUUUGUGAUAGUUUAUUAUUAUUCAAUGUCGCUCUGAAAGAAAAAAGUUUUAAAUAUAUUUAUGGGGAAAGGAAAUUAGAUUUUGUAGUGAUGAGAAUUUGUACCCACAAAAUUGAUUAUGUUUCUUGGGAAGGAAGUUAAUUGCUUUAUAA